AUGAACAAGCAGAUAGAAGAUAAAAUUUCAAAAUGUCCUAUGUGUAAUGAAAACCAGAAUAAAAACAUAAGAGAGCCUAUGAUACCAAAUGAAGUUCCCAAUUUACCUUGGUAUAAAGUUGCAACAGAUUUAUUUGAGAUUAUUGAUUAUAGAUUACUAAUCCAACUUUUUUGGAAUCUCCUCACUACCACAUACUCGAAGUCAGACAGUGAUCAGUUACAUGAAAUCUCAUUUUGCAAGAUACGCAGUCCAUGCCAUCCACAGUUGAACGGAUUAGCAGAACGUUCAGUACAAACGGCCAAGAAAUUGUUAAAGAAAGCUCAAGCAGACCAUGCUGAUCCUUAUUUAGCAUUGUUAGCUCAUAGGAAUACUCCAACUAAUGAGAUGCUAGGAUCACCAGCUCAACGACUUACGAGUAGAAGAACAAAAACGAUUCUUCCAACAUCUGAAGAAUUACUUAAACCUCAAGUUGUGAAAAACGUAAAAGAAAAAAUCAACCAAGAAAGAACUAAUAUGUCAUAUUAUGAUCGUCAUACAAAACCAUUACCAUCGCUUCGCUGGAAACCAGCCGUUGUAGAAGUAUAUAAGACACAUAGAUCAUAUAUACUGAGAUCAGGUGGAUCAGUAUUGAGAAGAAAUAGAAAAGACAUUAGAGAAAACAGUUCAGCUGUUGAAAGAGAAUAUCAGAGGAACAGAACAAGAAGUUAA